AUGGGGAGAGGCAAGAGGUGGUGCGAUCAGGAGGACGAGGCUCUGGCUCCUCGCAAUGAAUCGGGGAGGAAUGACGACGAUGGUGUCAAUGAUGCUGCUGCAUUGUUCCAGGAAACUCAUGGAAGUAGGUUCGAGUAUUUGUCGUGCUGGAUGAUCUUGAAAAGCUGCCGCAAGUUUGCUGUGUUUGGCUUACCUGCUCGUCAAAAGCGUAGCCGUGACGCUGUGCCGGAGCCAGAGAAAGAGACUAGUGAGCGUCCCCAAGGACGGGAUCAAGCCAAGAAAGCACGAGUUCAGGAUUUAGCUUUAGAAUCGACGUCAUCGCUCCUACGCCAGCUACUCAGCCGUAUCACGGAGAAACACGAGAGAGUGCUGGCAGAGAUGACGCGUAAAAAUGAGUUGCGUGAUGAAGAGAAUUAA